GAAAUGGCAACGACAACUUGCACGCGCUUCACCGACGAGUACCAGCUGUAUGAAGAACUUGGAAAGGGGGCCUUCUCAGUGGUGCGACGUUGUGUCAAGCUGUGCACGGGCCAAGAGUAUGCUGCCAAAAUCAUCAACACCAAGAAGCUCUCGGCAAGAGAUCACCAGAAGCUGGAACGGGAAGCCCGUAUCUGCCGUCUGCUCAAACAUCCCAAUAUCGUGCGGCUCCAUGACAGUAUAUCAGAGGAAGGCUUCCAUUACCUCUUAUUUGACCUUGUGACGGGUGGAGAGCUGUUUGAAGACAUCGUAGCCAGAGAAUAUUACAGUGAAGCUGACGCCAGUCACUGCAUCCAGCAGAUCCUGGAGGCGGUGCUUCAUUGCCAUCAAAUGGGCGUGGUGCACCGAGAUCUCAAGCCAGAGAACCUGCUCUUGGCCAGUAAAUGCAAGAACGCCGCCGUCAAGCUGGCUGACUUUGGCCUGGCCAUUGAAGUGCAGGGGGACCAGCAGGCCUGGUUUGGGUUCGCUGGAACGCCAGGUUACCUUUCCCCAGAAGUGCUACGAAAGGAGGCUUAUGGGAAACCUGUGGACAUUUGGGCAUGUGGAGUCAUCCUGUAUAUUCUGCUGGUGGGAUAUCCUCCGUUUUGGGAUGAAGACCAGCACAAACUCUACCAGCAGAUCAAAGCCGGGGCUUAUGAUUUCCCCUCGCCAGAGUGGGACACGGUCACCCCUGAGGCCAAAAACCUCAUCAAUCAGAUGCUGACCAUCAAUCCAGCCAAGAGAAUCAUGGCCCAGGAGGCUCUUAAACACCCGUGGGUCUGCCAACGUUCCACUGUGGCGUCCAUGAUGCACAGACAGGAAACAGUCGAGUGCCUGAAGAAGUUCAACGCAAGAAGGAAACUCAAGGGUGCGAUAUUGACCACCAUGCUGGUGUCGCGCAAUUUCUCUGCAGCCAAGAGCCUGCUCAACAAGAAGGCCGAUGUCAAGCCGCAGUCAAACAGUGCCAAAAACAGCAUAGUCACCAGUCCCAAAGGAAACGUCCCUUCUCCUGCUCUGGAGCCUCAGACCACUGUUAUCCAUAACCCAGUGGAUGGGAUCAAGGAAUCUUCAGACAGCAGUAACACCACCAUUGAGGAUGAAGAUGUCAAAGCACGCAAACAGGAAAUCAUUAAGAUCACGGAGCAGCUGAUAGAAGCCAUCAAUAAUGGGGACUUUGACGCCUAUGCGAAAAUAUGUGACCCUGGACUGACCUCCUUUGAACCCGAGGCUUUGGGGAACCUAGUUGAGGGAAUGGACUUCCAUAGAUUCUACUUUGAGAACUUGCUUUCUAAGAACAGCAAGCCCAUCCACACCACCAUCCUGAACCCUCACGUGCACCUGAUCGGAGAAGAGGCCGCCUGCAUCGCCUACAUCCGCCUCACCCAGUUUGUGGAUGGACAGGGCCGGCCACGCAGCAGCCAGUCGGAGGAGACCCGCGUGUGGCACCGUCGGGACUCCAAAUGGCAGAACGUUCAUUUCCACUGCUCCGGUGCACCGGCUGCCCCUCUCCAGUGAAGAGUGGCCCUGAAACAGAUACAUUAGAUGCGAGUGACAUGGAGGACUGAUAGGUCCAGCGUCGGAGCGCUCCGAAACCUCCAGCCUUCCAACGCUGGACACAGCCGUCCUCCCCUGCAUGCAAACCGACAGUUAUCUCUCUACCUGCUGGGCUGCUCUCAACACAGCAUCCAGAACCCCCCUCACCUCCGACUCCACCCAGCACGCUCCCGAACGUCUUUAUGCCAAGACUCCCUCCCGACGCAAGAGCAGCACUGCAAAUAUUAAUCAUCGAGAGCAAUCAUAGACUCCAGGUUCCCGUCUAGAGUUAUAAUAACCCGCACGAUUGCCUUUGCGCUCGUCUUCAUUGGCCUUAUGCCCCCUGUGCCCAGGUACUCCCAAAUACAGUAGAUCAUGUUUUAAUAAAAAUAUCAUUAUUAUUAUUGUAUUUAUUGUUAUUGUUACUACUAUUGAUUAUAUAUGAUUAUUACUUCCGUCAGGAUUCGAAGUAUUGCUGUUGUUCUUGAGAUUGUAUAUUUGAUGGUAAAAUUAUCUAAUAACUCUUUUUUUGUAAGCAUGGAUUUUAAGUAUUUUUUGGUGUUCAAAUAAUCUGAAGUCUAUCUAAAAGGAGCAGCACACACAUGGUUUUAAGAUUCAAAACUCACGGCGAGCAGUUUUUCUGUCACCGUGAUCAGUGUUUGUAUUAUCAGGUCACCAAUCAGAUCUCUUGGAGGCAGCUGACAUCAUCACAUCAUUGAGAUUCGCCUCGUAUAUCUGCAGGUUGCCAAGUUGAAUUCCUUCAAAAGGAGCUUUUUGUCUCUAAAUCAGAGCAUAAUCUCAUGUAUUGGCCCUUGAUGACCAGCAGCUGAUGUGUCCUUCUUAUUGACAAUCAAUGCUGAUCUGGUUUUAUGUGAGUUUUGGUGGUCUGUGAGACUAGGAAUGUCUGUUGAAGCUUGUCUUCUUUUUCUCAAGGGAUCUAGUAGGAUGAUUCAAGAGAGUACAGUAUGUUGUUUUUAAGGGCCUUUAUUAUAAAGCAGCAGGAUAUUUACCGCUGUUCGCUGGCCAAGUGUGUUCAAGAUUUAAAUAGCCAUU